AUGGUGCCUCCAGCCGAAAGUAAACUCGAAAAGCUUGAACUUCAGCUGGAGGAAGGCGUAUCCUUAACCACCUCGGCCAAAAUCGAGAAGGAUACCCUCAUCCGCAACAUCCCUCCAUUUCUCUCGCACGCUAAUCAAAUCCUCAGGCCUAAUUCCGUCAACGUAUUUCUACUAUUCUUUGCUAUUGUGUGCGGCCUGUUUGCAAGAAGAGACGAUGAAACUUCAUCAUCUAGUGUUGCUGAUGAUGGUCGCCUGAACUCGGGUGCUGAUUUGAGUGUAAUUUCUAGUUCUUUUGAUGGGACGAGGCAGUCGGGUUCGGAUUGGUUGGAGUAUUCAGAGAGGAACGAGUAUAGUAAUCUUGUGGAGGAAAGUGGCGGCCGCGGCCGGCUGAGGAGGAGCAGCAGUUCUUAUCCCGAUUUUAGGCAGGAGUCGUCGUGGGAAAGUGUUGGCGACAGGUUCAGGUUCGUUGAUGAUCUUGAGGUGAAUUUUCGCGGGUCUUUGCCUCCUGAUGAUUUCCGACGCCGCGCGAGGCGGAGUCAAGAGAGAGAGAAAAGGGCUGUGGAGACGGUUUUUGAGGAGAUUCACCGGUCUGCGCCGCCUGAUAAUGUACGACCCCGCGGGAGGCGGAGGAGUCUUGAGAGGGAGAAAGUGGAAGCGGAGACGGUAGUGGGAGAAAUUCACCUCUCUCCGCCGACUGAUAAUCUCCGACGCUGUGGGAGGCGGAGUUAUGAUAGACAGAAGGAUGAAGCGGCUGAGACGCUUGUUGAGGAAAUUAUUGUGAAUAAAUUUGAAGCCAGUUCGGUACCUCCGCAGCGGCCAAUGCAGCCUGACUCAUCUCCGCCUCCGCCGCCUCCUCCUCCCGCAACUUUCAAACAGAGACGAUCUAUACAUCGCGUCCCACAUAAGAAAAACGCUGAAAGGCAAAAAGCUGAAGCUGAAUUCAGUAAAAUGAGAUCGCCACCUCCUCCGCCAGCACCACCACCUCCGCCGCCGCCUCGACCACCAGCAGCAACGUUUGAGUUUACGGAGCAUGGCAGCGAAAAGCUUCAGAAGAAAAAGAGCGGCGCAACGAAAGAAAUCGCAACAGCAAUAGCUUCGCUGUACAAAGGCCAAAGGAAAAGAAAGAAGAAAGAGAAAAGUAGAAAUAUUUACGACAGUGCCACUCACAAUUCUUUUCCAACUUCUGUACAGGAACAACCAUCACCAACUCCACCGCCGCCGCCGCCGCCUCCCCCGCCAUCUAGAGUGUUGCAAAACCUGUUCAAAAAGAGCAGCAAAAGUAAACGAAUACACUCCGUCUCCGCCGUAUCAACUCCACCUCCACCCCCUCCGCCGCCGCCUCCAAAUUCAAUUUUCAACAAUUUGUUCAAAACAGGAAGCAAAAGUAAGCGAUUCCAACAGACGUCAACCACAGCUCCACCACCCCCGCCACCCCCUCCGCCGCCUUCAUCAUUACUCAAUUCCUUAUUCAAAAACGGAAGCAAAAGCAAGCGUUUCAAGAACGUCGACGCCCCUACUCCGGCUGCAGCUCCGUCUCCAGCAGAACCACAGCCGUGGCGCGAGGUCAACACCGGUAAGCCACCAAAACCCACAAAACGCAGCACCCUGCACAAGGAAACCAUGGUAAUCGCGCCACCAUCGCCGCUCAUCUCAACGCCACCUCCUCCACCUCCGCCACCAUUCAGAAUGCCGGAGGUUAAAUUCGUUGCUCGCGGAGACUUCGUGAGAAUCCGCAGCGCCCACAGCUCCCGUUGCAGCUCCCCGGAGCUGGAAGAUUUUGAAAUCAUAUCAGUUAAAUCCGACGGCGGCGAUUCAAUGGGGCCGUCGAUUUCUUGCUCCAGCCCAGAUGUGAAUGCGAAGGCCGACACUUUCAUCGCCAGGCUCCGAGAUGAAUGGAGGUUGGAGAAGAUAAACUCAGUCAAUGAGAAGCACAAAACGGGCUGA